AUGACGAGUUCUACAGAGAGCUCAAUCAAAGAGCCGUCACAAUUUGAAGAACCCAUGUCGAAGAAACGCAAAUUCUCUGAAGGAACCGAAGGAAAAGAAUCAAUGCACAUCGAUUCUUUAUCCCUUAUGGAGCCCUAUUUCUUGAGGAAGGUUUUGCUGGAAGAGCUGGGUGAUAACGGCGGCAGCAGCAUUCACAAGCCCUUAGCGGUUGCGGUCCACGCAGUUUUACUCGAAUCGGGUUUCGUGGGGUUCGAUCCCGUUUCGGGGCUGCAAACCGAUCGGUUUGAUUUCCCCGAUGAGUUCCUUUCUCCCGUCUCGUUUUAUUAUUCUCUGCCGGCUCUUUUGAGUGUGGAUCGUAAUGAUUCUUCCGGUUCAGAUGCUUCUGAUUAUGUAGUUUUAGCGUUUCUAACCCUAGGCCGAUUCAUUAAGGUCUAUGGGUCUUUGGUUAUUGGGUCAGGGAUACAUAAAUUGUCACUCGAUGAAUAUAGGUUUGCCCCAACCUUAGAUUUAGUAAUUGCAAAUUCUGCCAAGAAUGAUGGGUCUUUUAAUUCGAAUCCUGAGGAUGAGGUUAUGGAGUUCUGGAAGAUAGUUAAGGAUGAGCUUGCGUUUCCAUUGUUGAUAGAUCUCUGUGACAAGACUCAUUUGGCUCUUCCGCCAUGUUUUGUUCGUCUCCCAACCGAGCUAAAGUUCAAGGUUUUGGAGUUAUUGCCCGGUGCCGAUAUCGCAAGAAUGGAAUGCGUUUGCUUGGAGAUGCGGCGUCUGGCAUCGAGCAAUGAUCUGUGGAAGCAGAAAUUCAAACAAGAGUUUAUAGAUGAUGACUUUAUUUUUAUAGAUUAUGAGUUAGAAGCUGAAGGAAUGCAGGAAUGGAAAAAGCUGUUCCAUUCAUGGUGGGUGAGUAGGAACGAACGAAACCGUGAUGAUGAUGAUUCACUAUUUUACUCACCGGAGUCCCGUGAUUAUGAACUUACAGACCUACGAUCACCAUCACGGUAG